AAAAAAUAUUGGAACAUAACAAACAUAUUCGUCGUGAAAAUGGCGACGCCAAGCCCAAGAAAGUUCCAGGAGAAGAUCGCUCUGUUACAGCAGAGGGAACUGGAGGGGAAAAUCGAGUUCGAACAGAUCAUGACGGAUGUCCAAGGGCUGACGAGAGCGCCGAAGGCAACACCCCAGCCAAAGCAACACCUACAGAUACAGCAGCAACACCACCAUCUUCAGCAACACCCUUCUCACCCACAUCAGCAGCAACAUGCCCCGAGACCUCCGCAAGGGGGUUCCCUGCCGGACUUCUCCAUCAACCUGCCGCAGGGUAGGGGGCCAUCAUACUACCACCAAGGUUCACUUCAGGGAGCCGUGCAGGAAGUUCAAGAUUUGCGUGAAGCAGUUUAUCAUGGCAGCAAUUGCACCCCGCAUCAGAGGACCUCCACGGCCACCCAAGUCCGACAUCACCCUCACACUUCGAAUUUAAGCACUUCGCCACGUCUCCAUUACCCCUCGCCAUUGUUGUCUCCACCCGAGGUGCUCCCUCGCUCCAACUCGGAUUCGUCACUUCACCAAAAUUUGGUUCAAGGCAAGAUGGUCGUCAGCAAUCGGAAAGUUUCAGCACCAGCAGAAAUGCGAACUGAUCAAGGCUUUGGGAUGCAGUUUUACACUCAUGAACUGCAGCCCAGACCAAAGUCAGGCUGUGAAACUACACUCCCAGGAGAUGGCACGACGAUAAACCACAUACAAAGAAGUCCUAAUAUUCCAAUUCCUGCUGCCAUUAACAACGUUGGAGGUGCUGGCCCUGGUGGAGGUGUAGCUGGUGGAGGGGGAGGAGGAGGAGGGGGGGUGGGUCAGUUACCAAACACUGGGUCUCUCCCAGACUUAACACAGGUACAAUAUCUUCAGCCCAUGAACCCUCCUCUUCCUGAUACAGAUACAGUGAACUUAGCGAAUCUAACAGCAGGGUCACCUCGUUUAGGCUCAGGCUUUACAGCAGGGAGCCUGAAAGACCAUUACAAUAGUAGCGGACAAGCUUCACCAAGGGGCACCUCACCGGGUCCAUCGCCGUCACUCAACAGAAAGCAGAAACAAAAACCAUACCAAACAAUAUACCCCAAUCGUGGUUCACAUCACACUCCAAGUAAAAAUCAUUUGUCUGUCCCUACUGUAAUUAAUGCACGCUACCUCCAUAAAUGUAAGGGAAUGACCGUUGUAGAUAACAGUAGCACAACAGUAGACACCCACCUGGCCAACUCUGGCUUUAAUAUUUUUGGUCAACCUCUGUCACCGAACAGCUCACAUCCAGCCAGUCCGGGAAUGACGAUAGAUAACAGUAGCACAACAGUGGAUACCCAUCGGGCCAACUCUGGCUUGAAUAUCUUUGGUCAGCCCUUGUCACCGAACAACUCACAUCCAGCCAGUCCGAAUCACCUCUCCUUCUUGGAGUAUAGAAAUCCUGUUAGCCCACAGCUUAGUCCACGAAGUUCGCCUGGACCCUGCCAUACAUUGCAUACUGGGGGACUAGGAAGCUUCAGUAGUAACAGUCCUAGCGAUUCCCGUAGUGCUCCGCCAUCCCCUAGUGCUCCCCAGGCCUCUCCUGCAUCGUCACCUGGGGUCUCCCUCUCUAAAACGCCGUUCAGCUAUGAAUAUCCCACUCACGCACAAACCAAUCAGCUCAAUCAACAAUUUGAGCAGUGUAAUAUGAUUGAUAACUCUCCUGGGUCUAAUAAUAGCUACACAUCUGGAAAUACUACCUUACAACAGACAAGGUUGAUGGAGAUAAGUAUAGAAAGUGGUGGUAGCGGAUACUUCAGUAAUACAGCAUCGUCAAGUCCAAGUGGGCCUCCACCUGCCUAUCCCAACGUAUCCAGCCAACAAAUAACACAAAAUCUCUCACAAAGUGUUCAGGCACACUCUCAAACUCAUUCCCAACCCUCUGGGCCUCCGCCUCCAUACCCUCAAACUAGUUCAAGUUCAUCUACUCACCAUCAGCAGUCACAACAGCAAUCACAGCACCACCAACAUAGGCAACAGCAGCAGCAACAUCCACCACACUCCUCUCCCUCUCAUCCACAGCACAUUUCUCAGUCUCCCAGUCAUUCACACCACCCACCUUCUCCCGUCCAGCCCAUAUCUUCACAGCAUCCACCGUCACCCGGGCAAGGGCCUCUGAGUCCGCAGUCGAAUCCACCAUCUAUCCAGCAUCCACCAACGCCACAAACACCACAAACUCCGACUCUGAUUCCUUCGGUCGUCCUAACAAUGCCUGAUGAGGCAGGAACUGAAAGUGAACGUUUACUUCAAGACGAAAUGAGUUUUAGCGAGAUGUUUGGGUCAGUAAUCUCGUACGAGCAAGGUUCAUUUGAAUCCGAUAUAUUGGAAAACAUGAGCAGAUUAGAUGAGAAUGAAUUGAACAUGAUGGUGGAUCAAAACGCAGUUGAUCAGCUACUGGUCGACCAAGAGACAGAAGAAAGUUUCCGAAGGGAUCAUCGUUCUGCUUCAUCCACGUCGUCCGGUCCCUAACCUUUGCCUCAGUCAAGGUGGGCGUUUGGCUCCCCGUAACACAAAGCCAGAAGCAGGCGUAGAGCAAGGCUUUAGUGCAUUUGUAAGCCACCUCCAACUACCAGCAGCUCAUUUAAUGUGUUUGUAGCCACUGAAGAUAUGUCUGGAUGACGCACAUCAAUGUGUCAUCACCUUACAUGAGAUAAGAGUGUGUUCAACUUUUCUUCAGGAGCAGCAUCCAUAUUAUUUGCAGGUAACGGUGGUAUGUGUUCUUACUGCUCCUUCCAUGAAAAAAAAAAAAAAAGAUGUGCAAGUAGAUUCUUCAUUCAAAAGAUUUUUUUCUCAUUUGCACAAGGUGCUUCGAUGUCUCAUGCAAUAAGAAAUUUUUCUUCAUGCCUGACGGCUGAGUUACAGUACGUCAUUUUUCUCAUACUACCAAGAAUCCUUGCACCUACAGUCAUUUCAUUCAGUGUUGCAUUUUUAAUGCAUAUUCUCUCUCACAUACUGUAGAAACUCAUGGAAUCUUUUUGACUUCAGUGUCCCAGCGCUUGAUCAUCCUUUUUAUGGUUGUAGGUGAUUCAGUCUGCUCUGAGUCAUUUGCUAAUAAUUACCAAACUCUCUAGGUUAUUCAGUAAAGGAGUAGAAUUUUUUUUUUUUUUUUUUUUUUUUUUUUUUUUUUUUUACUACACUUUUCAAUUUUGGGGUAAAUUGUUAAAAGACCUAAGUUGUAGAAGAUCCAUGGAUUGGUUUUGAAUGAAAGUGGACAGAUACGAUAAAAUUUGAAUAUGAUUUUUUUAAGUGAAUUAUGAAGGGCAUUCAAGUCAAAUUCAUUAAAACAAGGAUAAAUUCUCUUUCAGUAGGGUUGUAAGCUCUAAUGUAACUUACCUUUAAGGAUUUGAUGACAGUGAAUGUUUUCAUUAGUGUGUCAGAAUCAAAAAUGUUUUCUAUAUAAGCACUGUAUUUGUGGGGUGAUCUCCAUGGAGCAGAGAUGGAAAAGUACAAUAUUUUUUCUCUUAUGUUUAGUGUAAUGUACUGCAGUUUGUUAUAACAUUUCAAGUGUGCUUGUAUAACUGCACAUCAUAUUUAAAAUGUCGCAGCUCGUUAGCAUCUCUUCAAUUUUACACAGUACCCAUGUUAAAAGUAACCUUAUGAAAUUAUGCAAAAAAUUAAGAUGUUGCAGAGUUACAGUUCUCCAUCUGUACAGUAUACAUGCAGGUAGACAGUGGUAAAGACUGAAAUCACCAGUUAGGAAAGGUACGCAGUUUGGCAGUUGGAAAGGACACCUUUUGGUAGACUUGGGCAGAGGGUGGUGGGAGCAACUGAUGUAAGGUAUGCAGUUGUUACUGUUUUAAUUAGCAAAAGUAACACAAAAUUUCAGUGUUUAAGAGAAUGAGUCAUAAUUUCAGAGAGGAAACGAGAUAAAUCUGAGUAAAAAUAUAAUAAUUUAAUGACAGAGUAUAUAUGUGGGAAGGUAUAAAUUAACACUGGCUGAGGAAAGGGUCUUUCAAGUUGAUAUGCUGGCUGUAUAAGAUAUGGAAAUUAGAUACGCAAGAUUUGUGUGAACUGCACAUAGGUCAUUACAAUCUCUAUUGCCGUGCAGAUAUGAGUCACAGUAUGGCAGUGUAACUAUGUGUAUAUAUGAGAUUUUAUCGAUUUGAGAACAGCUUUAAGAGGAAUUUUAGGUGUCAGUUAGCAGGAUAUAGUGAAAAGUGAUUGAAGGGGUAUCACGGAUGUUCCAUAUGCACGUGACAUAAUAACGGAGAACGAUUAUGUAAACUAAAAGUAGCGUCACAACACCUGGGAUAUUGAUGCUGAUGACGAAGGAGAGAUGGAGAUGGUUUAGACAUGUGCUUUAUGCCACCCUAGGAGAAUGGUACAUGAUAGUGUCAGCUUGGCUCUUGUGAGCACCAAAUGAGUUGGCAAACUAGACCUACUUGUAAGAUACACGAGACUGGAGGCUGGAGAUCAAGUGGAGGUCUGUGGAAUUGCAAGCAUAGAAAAGACAAGUGUGGUAGAAGUUCACUGAGGCCCAUGGCAUUACAUAUUACUAAAAGCUUUUCCCAUGAAAGGUAGAAGCUCCAGACUAUGUAAGCCUUCAGUUCCCCAGCAUGACAUUUUAAGAUGAGGUUUUGCAAACACCACACCCAGUCCCAAGGAUCUUCAAGGAUCUUGUGUUGACAGGGUAUGGCAUAUCUUGAUUGUCACCUGACACAAUCCCAGUAAUGCUUAGCUUCCCUGACUGGAUUUACCUGUGGUAUCCAGAUGUGAUACGGCUAACUUUACUUUCAUUGACAUUUAAUUAAACUGAAAGCUUAUUAAUUUGGAGAAAAAAAUAUUAUUUAGUGAAGAAUUGAAAUAUGUAAUUAAACUGAAAACUUAUUAAUUUGUGGAAAAAUAUUAUGUAAUGAAGAACUGAAAUAUAAUUGAAAUAGUACAAUAGAAAUAAAAUUGCCAUAAGAAAAUUAUUGAACAUUCCACAGAGAGAGAGAGAGAGAGAGCGAGAGAGAGAGAGAGAGAGAGAGAGAGAGAAGGACCAGCUCCCAAUUCAAACAGCCAGACAUUAAUAUUUAAUUUAAAUACUGUACUGAAAAAAUAAUCUUUAACCAGAGUUGGCAAAAUCGAUUGUUGUAAGUUUUGUGCUUGCGUAAUGAGCCCUGUGUAAAAAGAGAUGUGCAGUUUUAGGUUAAGAGAUUAGAAAGUUAGAAAAAGAUAUACAAUUUUUUUUAAUAUAUAAUUUCUCGACUUUUGUAUUUACUAUUGUAAAGUCACACAAUUUUUUAAAGAAAGUUCUCUAACCACAGAAUACACUGAACUAUAAAUAUACUCAAAUCUCAUCAAUAUUUUUUCAUAUUGUGUUCAUAGAGGUAAAUCAUCAUCUAUUUUUUUUAUCCUGAAACAACUUAUAGUGUUCAUCUGCAUUAAUGUGCUUGUAAAAUGAAGAAGCCAGUUCAAAUAUCUUGCCACAGAGAGAUAGAAUGAGUCCCUCCUUGUCAGUCAUUCCUCUGCGGUCGACUGGGAAAGGCAAAAAAAUAUGUUGUGUUAGCCUUUGAGAAAUAAAAGUGAUAUGGAGUUCAGAAUUGGGUAAAUAUAAUAUUUAUUCAUUUUAUUUGAAAAGGGCCCUCUUUUUAAAAAUGUGCAGUUUUAGUUUAAGGAAUAAGAAAGUUUGAAAAGUUAAGAAAUUUUGUAUAGUAAUUUCCUAACUUUCACGUUUACGGACAUACAAUCGCCCUUUUUCUUUCUAUAUUUACAAACAUUCUUUAAGCAUAGGAUAAACUGAAAACAUCAGAUUUGCUCAACUAUGCUUAGCAGUUAAAAUGGUUUUAUGUAUUUAAAAGGUAAAAAUGUUUACCCUUUUUAGCAUUUUGGCAAUAUUACAAUUGAGGCAGCGGAUGGUGUCUGCGUCAGUGUUCGUUUAUCCACUGAAUAGUUCAGAGGUUGAAAUAAACAGUUUGGGAUUAUCUUUUCCUUGUUGUUAACAAUUUGAGUAUUAUGAUUAUUUUAUGUAGGUUUCCAUAAGUUCAUUAUGCAUAUUCAUCUUUUAUUUCGUGAAGUUGACAAGAAACAUCAGAAUAGAGAAGGAGAGAUAGAUUGAUGUGUUCAGGCACUUAUGGGUUUGUUAAGCAAAAUGUGCAUUAACACAACUUAUUUUUUUACUGCUGUGUCAUUAUUCUUACCCCUGUGGAUUUUAUAAACUAUUGAAUUCUUGCGAGUUCGAAUUGGCUGCCUCUCUGUCGGUGCUUUUGUCUAGCCACUGUGUUCUUGCGGAUUAGAUUAACUAUAUAUAUAUAGUAUUAUUAUUUCCUAAUUUCCUUAUUAUGUUUUCUUUAUAUUAUGUUAUAUUAUUUAUUUUAGAGUUUUCAUAGAAGUUUAUUUUGUGUAUUUGUUUUGUUCGUACUUUAUACCACACUUUAUAGAGGUUAGGCUUCUUAUUUUGAUAAUAGCAGUGAUAAAAAAUAACUAAUAAUAGCAAUAAUGAUAGUUAUUAUUAUCAUUAUUGGUAUUAUCAUUAUGAAUGCGAUAAAUUUAAGCAUCAUUUGCAUUUUAUUCCAGUAACAUUUUUACUUCUUUAGUCACUUGCAAACUUAAAAGAUUCAUAGGUUCUUGAAUAAACGUUUGUAAUGAACAUGGGAAAUCUGAACUUCCAUGAAGAUACACAACCAGAAGUAGGAAAAACAACGUUGAAAACAUCAACAUUAAAAAGAGAAAGCAUUGAGAAAAGAAAAAAAGAAAAUAACAAAAAAUAUAUUCAGUGAAAACGAGUCACGGUCAGUAUUGACUAUGCUGUCUGUACCACUUAGGCGCUUUGCUUUAAGAAAGAUUGGCUUUUAAACUAACUAUUACAGUUUUGGAAACCAUGAUCUCUCACUGAGAAGUUCUUUCAAUCAUGGAUAAUGGCACCUCUUUCUCCCCCACCCUGGGCAGUGGAAGCACAUAAAUCACUUCAGUCACCUUGAAACCUUAGUCAUUUAGGUCAUGGUCAUUCCAGGCCAGUUCUAUUACAAAUCAAGACUUACGACCUAUAAAAAUUCACACAAUAUGCCUGGACUUACAAGACACAAAAUGUGGUUGUUCUUUAAUCUGAAAGGGUAAAAUUGUGUAGAUUUUUCUCUUUUAAGGGAUUUUGCCAAGAAGAAAAGGAGAAAUAAAUGAUUUUCACCAAGUACUUUAUUGGGCUGAAGGUGUAAAAAAAUGUGUUCAUGUUUGACUCAUGUAGGGGCGGUGAGAGUUCAUUCAAAAUUUUGCAAUUUGAAGGGAUUGAAAAAGAAAGGACUGCAAAAUAGGUAUUUGGGCCUAAGUUAAUAUGCACUGUGUUUGUUAUUCAUAGAAUAAUUUUUAUUAUAUCCGGAGAAAUAAUUCUCCUUUGUAACUGGACUCCCGCCUACCGUAGGGCUCGAUGACAACUUCAAUAAAAUUAUGUUUCGUUCUUAUGUACUCUCCACUUUUUUUUUUUUCUUAAAGUAGCAUCACAACUGGAAUGACAUGAGAUAGUUAACUCUGCUUUCAAAUCUGCUGUUAUGUGUCAUGACUGAAAAUGCAAGCCAUCUCAACUGAUAAAAUCAUUUCAAACUUUUGUUCUCUUGCGAGAUUAAAAGCUGUUAUUUUCCCUUCCUAAUUAUCAGUUUGAAGAUUGGACUUCAGAGCUCCCUGGCUGCUUAAUGCUAUCCUUCUUUAAGUGUCACUUUCCCAACAGUUUGGGAGGCUUUGUAAUAUAGGUUUUAUAGGUUUUCAAGUCUUCACAUUUCCUGUCUACCUCUUCAUGCUUAAGCUCUCAUCGUAACUCCUCUAUUUCUAGUUUAUCUAAUCGGUUUUUAUAUUAGAUACAUCUUUAUAGUUAUGUUGAAUAUUUAAAAUUUCUAGAUGAGUAUAGAACAAAAAAACCUCCAAAGUAUUUGCUAAUUUGACACUGGUAGCGUAUUCUUUGCAUAAUGCCAUCAUGUGAAUCACAAGAUUUGUUUACUACAUCAAACCUGAUGUAUUAUUUCUUUAGCGAGCUAACAUUAAAUUAAAACAAGGUGAAAUUGUGGACUAAUGGGUGAACUUUACUAUCCAGAAUAUAUUGUGCUCCUAGUUAUUUCUUUAAUAAAGGCACACAUUUAUCUGCCAAUAAAGAUACAUUAUAAUACAGUACAAUAUACUGUUGUGACUGUGUUUCAACGUAUUGUGGUUUUUUAGCUGAUGUCGGCUGUAAUAGGAAAUGGUCAUGGAAAGAAGGUAUACCAAAUGGUCCAGCAUAGUCAAUGUUUGACAGUUGGACUCAGGCAUCAUGAUCAUAACUCGGUGAAAAUGUGAAAAGUUCUCGUUGCUGUGUACACUUUCUGCUUACAAGUUUCUUGCAUGGUUUUUAUAUGGUAAUUAUUUCAAGUUUUUCUUGUAUCAGCAUCAGUAGGUGCCAUAGGUAUUGAUAAAGCAUAAAUAGAAUAAAAAAAAGAGUUUCUGUAUAGUAAUUCAUGAAGGCUGUAUGGAAAUCUCUCACUUUCUUAUAACAACACAUUCAGAGGGGUGUCAGAAAGGUUGUAAAUUGUAGGUGAAGGUCAAUGUUGGAUGCAUAGCAUAUGCUAGUCUGCCCCAAAACUUUAACUUAACUUUGCUAUUUACUUACUCCUCUGUGUAAACAGACAUUAAGUUAGUAAAACGUAUAAAAUCCACAGUCAGAAAAAUGAAGCCUUGUAGCACUACUUAUAAAAAGUCUUAUAAACAUAUUUACUGGAGAUACCUUGCAAAAUCCUGUCGCUUCUGUGUUCUGACGAGCAAAAUAACUUUCCCAGACCAGUAGACACCCAAACAACUGUCAGUUAUGAUCAGGACAGUAUCAUCUUAUACAAACAGUACACAAAGUGUUCACAGAGGACUGCAAAGGAAACUUAGCAUGUAUUAAAUAGUAUUCAAUGAUGACUAAAAAAAAAAAAGUGGGGGGGGCGGCGGCUCAACAUUAACAAGUCUUAUGUUUGGAGAAAUGUUAAAGGUUUUUUUUCAGUAAACAAUGCCAGGUUGUAACAUAUGUCCUUUUGUAUAAGUAUGUCCUUCUGUGCUUGAAGGCAUGGCACCUGAUCUUCACUUUUGUGGAUACUGGUUCUGGUAGGCACCUUUUUCCAAAAGAGUAGAAACAGUUAAGGGAGGUGCAGUCUCUCUAGCAGCUUAACUUUUAAUUUCUGAACCCUUGCAACCAUUUCUGUCUUGUUUUGAAUUGCUUGGUUUUCCCUUCUGUUCCACACUUUUUCAAGUCCUCAAAAAGGCUUCUGUCCUUUUACCCUAUUGUUGUUUAUUUCCAAUUCAUAUCUUUCAAAACCCAGAUAUUUAAUGCCUUUUCCACCUCUUUUCAAGUCUUUUCAAACUCAAUUGGUAAUUUUCCUGCCUUCGGCAUAACAGCAAAGGUAGCACAAAAUAUCAUUUUGUAUGCUCUAGCACUUCAUGAAUCAAAGACUCGUUUUUAACUCGCUGCCUGGCAACUGCUGUAUUCACUUUCCAUUUUCAAUCAUAAAGAGAAAUUUAUUUUCCAACAUUUAUUUUCCAACUGAGAGAAAGAUCAAUGCUUUCCCAUCAGCAUAGAAGCACCAUCAUUACUAGAACUCAGACUUUUGUGACUAUGUGACUACAGCACAUAAGGGCUUUUUAGUGCUAAGACACUGAUAAACAGGAGGAACAAAAGCAGACAGUGAGAACACUCAAGGCAUAAUAAAUGCACCUUUGGAAAUGGGCUUGCUUGGGUGUGGGAAACAAUUUUAAUCAUAUAGUAUGUACUUGCUUAUAGGCAGGUGGAAACCUUUGAAGCUUUCAGUCUUAUGGAAAAUUACAUUUAGAUUUUCCCAUUGUCAGCAGAUCUUGGACACGUGUGUAAAGGGGCUACUGUAUAUAACCACAUUGUUUUGUGUGUGUGUGUGUGUUGUACAGGGAUAUACACACAAGCUAAGGAAUCCUAAUUGUUUUCAGUUGGGUUACUGGAAAAAUUCUCUCAAGUUAUAAUUUUAUAAUCAGCUGUGAUAUUGCUGUUACAUCUUCGCCUAUUGUUGUCUUUUCCCCUCUUAACGUUUGAUAGCAAGAAGGCAGCAUUUUCUCUUCGCAGCAAACUUUGCCGUAGUUUUAUCAGUAGAGUCUCCUGCUGCCCAAUGAUAGAGCUUUGUCAUUUUCCCACCCUAAUUUUUGACAAAUUAGUUACAAGACAUUGGAGUUCUUUUAAUUGUUCACCAACCAUACUCAUUCCUGUAAAAUAACCUGUCCUACAGUCUUGAGCACCUGUUUAGCAGCCAUUAAUGCAUAGUUUAUUUUAUUAGCUCUUAAACUUCCAUGAAAUUAUUUGCCAAAUUUGUGGCAGCAAAUUUGUUUUACAUUGCUGUCUUAGUUUGAUAUUCCUGCAGUCUUAUGUGUCUGGAUGUCAGAUUUUGUAGUGUUUUAUCUACUGUGUUGACAAUUCAGUGUAAACCUAAAAUGAUUAGAUAUAGAUAUGUCAAAUAGAGUGAUCUCAUAAACACCUUAAGGCUUUCAAAGGUAUGUUAUUUGAGUUUCGGAGCAAUGACAACAAGAAUUUUUGAGUGCGAUUUUUCAGAUGGAGUAAAGUAUUCUUUUCCAGUUAGUUCUGAAUUGUUGGUCUGGUGAUAUGAAGCACAUACGCAAUUAUGGUCUCAGUUAUGUUUGGUCUUGAGUAUGCAUAGCUAUUCCAGUGAAGGUGGAUGAUUCACAGGGUGUGCAUUCUUGUUAUCUCAUGUGGUUUCAUUUUACAUAGCAAGGAUACUUUGCUUUUGUAAUUUUUUCAGUUUUAUUCUGUUGUAAGUAUUCAUUUAAUGUAGCUGUAUAUGAUAGAGAGAGAGAGAGAGAUAUUUUUUCUGUAACAUGGAUUUUAAGCACAGCAACAUUCUAUACAGUAAAGAAAGUAAUGUUUAAAUGUUUAACCAUAUAAUAUAUUGAGAUGGGGUUGUUUUUGUAUUGUCAGUUGUUAAAAAUUUUAUUUUAAGUGUCACAUUCAUUAUAUUUAGAUAUGAAAAAAACUUAAUAUAAAUAUAUUUAAAUGAGGUACCACUGUUCAGUGAGUAGUUUGUGUUUGUUUUGUUUUAUGUUAAACCAGUCCCACAAGGAUUAUAAACGGUUGGGGGAAAACAAGUUAUUUGAAUGCCCUUUGCAAUAUUAGUCCUUGGUGUUGGUAAUUGAUUGACCUCCACAUUCUAAGUUUUUGGACAAAAGAACACAAGCACAAGAAAAUUUUUUUUUAUAUUUAUUACAGUGGAGGUGUUUACAAGAAAGUGUACAUAAAUAUUAUAUAUAUAUAUAUUUUGUUGAUGUAAAAUAUAAAAAUAUCAUCAAGUAUAAUGACCUAUACUUCUGUAGUACUUCUUUUUCUCAUCAUGACUUUAGUCAUUUUCUGUAAUGAUGCCUUGAUUUGAUGGAAUUUAUGCUUUCUCCAAAUGCAGUUCAUAGAUAAUACUGUUCAAUAGUUUUAGAGAGCCUGGUUCGAAAAAUUUAAUUUUGUAAAACGUAAUUACAGAUUUCUUCCAUGAAACUUGAGUUAAAGUUAUUACAUCACGUUGCUCUGUUAAGUUGCUAAACUGGAGACCUUUUUCUCCUAUUAUUUUAUUACAUAAUGGAAACUUAAUCUCUCUGACGUUAUCAUCAUUGAUAUUUUUGCAGAACUAUUACAAAAUUGUUGCCCUUUAAUCUUUGGAGUGUGGUGUGUGCAUUCUAUAACAUAAUCGCUCAAAAAUUAUCUCAUUUCAGAGGGAUUAGGUUAUAGUACAUAGAGGUAUAAUCUUUAAACUUUUUUUUAUGCCCUUGGCUGUCAUGAUUACCUCAUUCAUUGAGUUUGUGGUCCUGUGAUCGAUUUUCAAUUGUCUUUUCAUAUUUUUGGAAAUAAUUAAAAUGUUACUUUUUCUUUGUAAACAGAACACUGCAAUAUAUAUGUAUGUACAUAUAUGUUUUCAGCAAAAGUUGAAAUAGUUUCUUGUGACUGCUUUUGAAAAGUUAAUGAUUUGCAUAAUUUUUUGUGCUUUGUUCGUAUAAAAGCAAUUUCAGAAUGUUGUCCCAGAUUGUCUCAAUACUGUAUACUGUAAUUUGACUUUUUGACUUCUUUCUUAAUUACAGUUGUUUGAUUGCUAAUCAGCUCAUAUUUUAAAAAGACAUAUUAUGGUAAGGGUGAAAACGAGUGUCCAACUCAGCCUACACUUGUAUUAUUAAGUAAAGUACUAUUAUUUUCCUCACUAAGAAAGUCUGGAACACCUGCCGAUAUACAUUUUUAGUUUGAUUUGUCGUUAUUGAUUCCUGUGAGUGUCGAUUACCUGUUUUUGAAAUUAACCCUUUGCAUCAGCUUAUCGUUCCUUUCUUAUUUGGGUUUCUGGCAUUUGUCCUGUGUGUCUUUCAUUUGUGAAGGCUGGUACUAACAGAAAAUAGUCUAAUAUGAAGGAAAUUAUCGGGGAGAUGAACACUAAUAUACAGUUAGUCAGGCACAAAUCUCGUAAAAAAAAAAAAAAAAUGUGUCCGAAUCUUUCAACAAUUGACACUAUCCAGUCAUCAAAGCUUUUGUAAAGUUGUAAAGUAUUCAGUAAAGAAGCGGUCCUUUUUGCAAGGACAAAAACCUUUGAGGAAUCUCUGUGACAGUAAGAAUGCCCUACAUAGUGGUAAUAGUAUCAGACUAUGUAAUAGUAGUCCUAAAUAUAAUACCAUACUGUUUAAUCUCCUAACUGCGUAACUCUGGACCCAUGACAAAAAGUUUUUAAGUGGCACUUAAGGAAUUUUUUUAUACGUAUACGUAUUUUUGUUAUUCUAAAUGCUAUCUACCGUACGUAGACAACCUGAUUUUUUAGUUGAAGUUCAUGAUUUGGAUGUGUCUAUAAAUGGAUAGAUUAGAAUCCCUAUGAAUAUACAUCAUGCAUACAUGGAUUCUCUUAUGUUUGUUAAAAAUUUGUAGGGAUUGGGUAAAUGUCUAUUGAUUAAGUGUACAGUAGUAUAAAUCUUUGUUAGCAUUGAAAAUUAUUUUUCUAAAUGAUAGUUUUUAUUUUUUUUCCAUAUCCUCAACUCUUAUAUCUCUUACAACGUGAAGUCUUAUGAAACUCAUCUUAUAUAGAUGGCAAUUUCUUGUGACUUUUGUUUAUUUUGCCAGCUUCAACUGAAGGAAGCAACUGUGAAUUUUCUUACCUAGUAGUAGAAUGAAUACUUUGCAGUUGUGUGGAAGAUGACCCAAACAUUUCUAAACCCAGCACUGUGUAGACAGUACUUCAUGGGGUACAUUUCUUGAUUCUUUAUUCUUGUGGAGCAUGUGUCUGUUUUAGGAUGCAUUCCAGGGGUGUAUUUUCCAAAUGAUUGUGUAAGUGUACAAAUGUGGACGCUGCGUGUAUGCCCUUGAAAAUAGCUUUAUGAUUAGUUUUAGCCUCGGGAUAAGAUCCUAACCUCUUUAUUGAACUGCGUACACCACGUGAAUGUACUGUUGUUUUCUCUUUGUAUGAGUUAUGUUACAAGUUUUUGUCAAGUCCUUGCAUCAUUACUUUGAUGUGUGAAUGUUAAUUUUGUACUGGAUUUACAUUCAUGUCAGCUCUUUGGUAAAUAAACAUAUACCGUUAAUCUCU